UUUGAUGACGUGGAACAGGGAAAGACUCCAGCUGUGAAUUUCUUUGUGAAUGGUCGUCCCUAUAAUAUGGCAUACUAUCUAGCCGAUGGUAUCUAUCCUUCUUAUCCAACUUUCGUCAAAACGAUUAGACUUCCUCAAAGUGAACCCGAUAAGUUAUUUGCAAAAGUUCAGGAGGGAUGUCGGAAGGACAUCGAACGUGCAUUUGGAGUUCUUCAAGCUCGUUUUAAAAUCAUCCGUGAACCAGCUCGCUUGUGGGACAUAGAUGACUUGAGUAUCAUUAUGAGGUCAUGCAUCAUAUUACAUAAUAUGAUUGUUGAGGAUGAACGAGAUUCAUAUGCUCAACGUUGGACCGAUUUUGAGCAAUCUGGGGAAGGUGGAUCUAGUACACAGCAACCAUACUCGACCGAGGUUUUACCCGCUUUUGCAAAUCAUGUGCGUGCUAGAUCCGAGUUGCGUGAUUCAAAUGUUCAUCAUGAACUGCAAGCAGAUCUAGUGAAGCACAUCUGGGCAAAGUUUGGAAUGUCUCAGGAUUGAAGAUGAUUUGUAUCGUACUAUUUACGUUAUUUGUGUGUUGUGUGCUUAGUUUUCCCUUGUCUUGCAUUUUAAGAUAUUGUGUGCUUAGUUUGUUAUCUUGCAUUUUAUUUUAAGAAAAUAAAAUAAAUUCUUGUAUGCUUAGUUUGUUG